CAUGCAUAAAAAAUAAAAAUAAAAAUAAAAAACAAAAAAAAACAUUAAAAAAAAGGGAAGUUUAUGAUGGUUUCACAUGUCACGCCCCAAAACCCGAAUUCAAGGCGCGACAGACGCCGUGCACUCGUGAGAUGGUCCCACAAAUGCACAAGACUCGGAACUUAUCCAAAUCACAUCUGAUACCACCAAAUCUCAAGAUAAAAUUUUUACAAUCUGCUUUGAUAUCAUAAAAUCUCCAAAUACACUCUAGCUUACAGGAUCAUAAUCUAUAUCAAAUUACAGGUGGCUAACCUUCUAACUCGUCACUCCCCUUGAUUUCCCCCAUCCUCGGUUUCGAUUCCUGAAAUGGUGGACAAGGAAAACUAUGAGAUAAACUCAGUAAGUAAAUAUGUAUAGCCCUUGGGUAAAACUUUGAAGCAUGCCAGAUAAACCAUGUAAGCGUAACAGACUUUUAAUGAUAAACCAUUAAUGCGGAAAUCAAAUUCAGUUCAAUAACAAAACGUUUCAUGACAAACCGUUACAUGUAGAAGGAAACUCAGUUCAGUAGUCUCAUCUAUAAGUCAUGGCCAGUGUUUACAAACUCCCACUGGCAGGCGUCAGUUGAAAAAAAAAAUAGGGGGAAAAAAGGAAAUUUUACGAAGAAGAUUGGAAAAAGAAGAUGAAGGAAAUUAAGACAAGGGACUCAAUUGAAGAAAUCAAAAGUUGGAGGGCCACCCCCUCUACACUGAACCAACGCCCUUGCCCCUGCACCCUAGCCUCGCACCAGCCUAGCGCACCGCGCCCUGCACCCAGCCUUGCUCUGCACCAGAUCCCCUGCCUUUCUGCGCCCGAAUCGCCUGCACUCUGCUUCAACCAUCACUGGCAAUCAUGCCCCUGCAUGCCCGAGCCAUCAUGCCCCCCCUACGCCCCUCUGCUGCACGAGAUCCCCUGCCCUUGCUGCCCGGCCUUGCUUCCUGCACCAGCCUUGCUCUGCGCCCCAAUCCCAUGCCCCUGCCUUCUGCACGCUACAGCCAUACAGAAAAAAACAAAAUAACAAAAUUGGCAUCAUUGGUGAUUGACAAAACAAGCCCUCUUUUUUAUUUCAUUUUUAUUUUUAUCAUUUUAGGUGUAUAUAUAGAGCAAAAGCAGAGUAGAGGGGGUUCGGUGGUUAGAGAGUUUUUGGAGUUUGAUUUAGGGGGGUCUUUAGGUUGAUGGUGGAAUUUUGAGUUUGAUUUUGGUGGAGUUUUGAGUUUGAUUUUGGUCGAUUUUGGCUGUUUGAUUUUGAGGGGAUUGAUUUUUCUUUCUUGGUUGAUUCUGGGGCUCUUUGGUUUUGAGUUUUGGUGUUGACAGCAAAGAAAAGAGAGGGAUUUCGGCUAGAAGGAAAGCAGCAGCUUGAGAGGAGAUCGUUAAGCUCUUAAAGAAGUGACUGUUUUUGGAAGCUGCGUUUCUGUAUUUGUCUUUGCUUUAGGUAUUUUCUUCAACAGAGGAGUCCUUUUUGGGGAGGCACUGAGGGGAAUGAUCUGGGCUUGAUCCCGUGGGUGGGAUCCCCCACAUCGGACUCCGGUCUGUUACCCAGAAAGCUCCGCCGUGUUUGUUUCUUUUAUCCUCCUGUUUUUGUUAUCUGCUUUCAUGAUGUCAAGUUUGUAUAUGUUUACCUUAAAAUGAAUGAGAAUCUAUGUU